GAGCUCGGGGCGGGACGGGCGUGAGCGGGGGCGGGCUCGCUCCCCGGCAGCCGGGAGACGCUCUGUGUCCCCGCCGCCCUGACCUGGGGCCGAGACCCCCGGCCUCGCAUCCGCGCCGAAGCGGUCGGAGCGGCUGGGGAGGUGGCGGAGGGUUGGUCCUCUUCCGUGACCACGUCUGCCCCUCGGAGUGAGUCGCAGGCCUCACGUUGACGACCAGAGGCUGGUGAGAGUAGUUGACCGCUCUCUUCCUCUUUAGGAAAAUACUGUUUGUGGUGCACUUUAACCUAGCGUAUCUUAGGUAUGUUUUCUUAUUUAGGGGUGACUGUGGCCCAGGCGCUGCCCUAGACCCCGGGGAGAGGCCGUGAGCCAUCCAGACGGUUUCCGGCCCUGAACUGGAGAUGGGGGCUUGUCCAGGGGUCGGGGUGGGGAGACGAGACGAGGUCCGUAACUAAGGUGUUUUCAGAUGUGAUGGCAAAGACAGGGUGAGGUGGAGAGUAGAGUAGGACGACCUUGGGAUCUAGGGUCGGGAAGGACCACUCCCAGCCGGUGACUCGAGUGGAGAAAACCCCGCGAUGGUCUGACCCCGCGCCCAGGCUGGCGGAGGCUGGAGCAACACACACGGUACCCUCGGACAGACUUAAGUUCGUGACCAGGCACCUCAAGUGACCCCUUAGUGUCACCAGGCGGUCACCGCCGCACGUCCACAGCCCCGUGGCUCCCACUCAGGCUCCUCUCCAAAAGGUCUCUCCCAAACCUUCAGCAUUCCUUCCUGUCGUCUCUCAGCUGAAGCCUCGCGUCUUGUUUCUCUGAGAGAAGGAAACCAGCACACCUGCCUUUGUCCUAGCCAGUUACACGUCUGUGCUGCAGUCUUAGGCUGAGCCCUCUACGGGGCCCUGGUUUCCGACCUCUUUUGCUUGAGAUGCCCCAGAGCUUUCCAGCCUGUAGCCAAGAAGGUGGAGGCCGUUGGUUUCAUAGAUCUGAAUCCAUUUUACCUUUCGAGCUUCACCUCCUCCUCUGCUCCUUCAUUGACUGGGUUUUCCCCACAUUGAUGCUGUGUAGUGUCGUCGUCGUGUUCCCCCCCCCCCCAUCUGUGCCUUUGAAGACACCUGCAGUCAGGGACCAGAGGCAGCUGGAGGCCCAGCAGGUAGACUCCCCUUCAGGAAGCCUCCCCACAGCCUCUUCCUCCCGCUGCUCCCAUUUGCAUUUAUAUUACUUCUGGCGGUGGUGAUCGCUGUGUUUCCUAGGUGAUAGCUCCUUUGUUCACUCGUGCCUUCCACACGUGUUGUAUGUAGCCCCGGCCUGGUACUCUGCUACACCUUAGGACCUAGUUCAGAGCAGUGACAGACCUUGUCCUCCUGUAGCUUGGCGUCUAGAAGGAGGUAGGAGAGGUUGACUUGCAGUAAGAAUAUCCCCAGAUGGCUGAGUGGACGUUUGUCCAGGUGCUGUGAGGACGUGGGAAAUGGGAUGACUGGGGAUUUCAGGGGAAGUCCCUCACCUUUGUCAGCAUUUGAGCAGAAAUUGGAAAGACGAUUUAUCGAGUUUGCCUGAUGGUGAGCCACAGAGGGGACCGGAAAGGGAAGAGCUUUCAGGACAGUAAUGAUGACACCGAAGAUGUUUCCCUGUUUGAUGCGGAAGAGGAGACAACUAACAGACCGAAAAAACCCAAAAUCAGACACCCCGUGGCAUCAUUUUUCCAUUUAUUCUUUCGAGUCAGUGCAAUUAUAGUCUAUCUGCUCUGUGAAUUGUUCAGCAGCAGCUUUAUUGCCUGUAUGGUGACAAUUAUCUUAUUGUUGUCAUGUGACUUUUGGGCAGUCAAGAACGUCACAGGUAGGCUGAUGGUUGGCCUGCGCUGGUGGAACCACAUUGAUGAAGAUGGAAAAAGCCAUUGGGUGUUUGAGUCCAGGAAGGCUUCCCCUCAAGAGACGAGGACUGUUUCGGAGGCCGAGUCCAGGAUCUUCUGGUUAGGACUCGUUGCCUGUCCGGUGCUGUGGGUGAUCUUCGCCUUCAGCGCCCUCUUCUCCUUCAGAGUGAAGUGGUUGGCGGUGGUCAUCAUGGGUGUGGUGCUGCAAGGUGCCAACCUGUAUGGCUACAUCAGGUGCAAAGUGGGCAGCAGGAAGAAUUUAACCAGCAUGGCCACGUCCUACCUUGGGAAGCAGUUUCUAAGACAAACCACAGGAGACGAUCAGACAUCCUGAGGAGACGGAGGGAGCCUGCCUGUCCUUCACAUUGGGAACAGCUGAGCCUUUCGAACUCAGUGCAUAUUGCAAGGAGGAGUGUUGGGUUUGUUUUUCCAUUAGAAAAUUUUCUUUCAAAAAAAAAAGUAGUCUUCAUAUUAAGUUUUUACUUCCUUUUAGCAUUUGGGGCUUGAAGGUGUGGCGUGGCUGGAAACACUGUCGGCGUUGGGGUCAUGGUUUGCACCCGCGCACAGGUGGUCACCUAGGGCCCUGCGUCUUAGGUUAACACAGUGGUUGUGCUCCUGUCUGUGUGGAAUGGAGACCUUCGGCUGUGGUCUGUAGAUCACAGAGGGUGUUCUUAGUCUGUCUCAGAACUGUGUGUGUUUACCUGCUAUUUCUAGACAUUAUUUUCAGAAGGUUUUUUCUUCCAUGGUAAGAGUGGGCCCUUUGGCUUAUAGAUAAGCUAGAAAUAAUUGUUUAUUUUACAUUAAUAUAUACGUCAUGAUGAAACUUCUUAAUCUAGGUAUUCACAUCGUAGGCAGUUAAAAACCAAAUUUGGGCUGUUGGUGUUAACUACUUUUUAAAUUUUUAUUUUUUAUUUGUAAUGAGUUGUGUACUUAAGGCCCAAUUAAUAUAAAAGGAAUUUUCGUAGUUUAUUCUUAAGGGAUACCUGGGGAUUGCUGCUGUUGUAUUUAUUUUUUGGAUAGGUAGCCGAUUUUACUUUGGAACACCCCAGAAGCUCUUCGGUGGUCCUUGGCCUAAUGAACUCUUUUACCACUAAAAGAGUAUUAUUCUUAUGUCACAGUGAGAAUAAUCAUUUAAAAUACUUGGCAUUAUAAAUGCCUAAAAGACAUUUUAUCUUAUCUAUUUUUUUUUUCUUGCUAUAACGGAGAUAUUGUAAAUCAGUGCAUUUGUAUUAAUGGGUAUUUCUUAAAGCAAUAUAUGUAACAGUCUGCAAACUCUUGUAGGCAUCUGUAAAUUCCGUUGUAGGUACUGUAAACUUUGUUUUAAUCAACAGAUUAUUUUGUGACUGUAUUUAUACAUUGUUAUAAAUUUUUGAAGAUGUUUUGUUUAAUUGAAUAAGUGUCUUUAUUGGAGUGAUGGCUUUGAAGGUGCAUAACUUUAUAUUUGUAUAAAACUCUGUUUACAAAGCACUUGGACACUCGUAAUCUCAUUUGAUCCUCCCAACAAACCUGUUUUGUGUGAUGCCGGUUUAUAGGUGAUGAAACGAGGCUUCAGGUUAUUGAGUGACUCACGGAAGGAAGCUCAGUACAGAAAGACCCAUUAGGAUGUAUGACGAUUGUAGGGAGACUUUGGUCUCUAAAUGUCCUUUCCUUUCAUGGGUUUGCUAAGUUGCUAAUUGGGUAAGUGUUUGUUUCCCACCUUAUUUAUAUUCAUCCGGUGCAGAAAGUGGGUGUGGGGGAAAGAUAUUUUCAUUUUCAUUUAACCUGGAACCCCUGCCGUCAGUCUGUGGCGUUGAGAGUAAUGGGGCACCGUGGUUCCCUUCUUGAGGUAACUUGUUACUUGCGGCUGCAGUGCGAAGCCAGGUAUGAAUUGCAUUUUAGAAGGUGCACGUGGCAGGACCUGCUGUUUAUCCCCUAGUAUCCAUUUCCCUCCUCGUUCCCUGCUUAUUCCCCAGGAUGUGGCCCUAAAGACCGUUUUCCCCAGAUUUCCUUGCCUCGCCUUGGAUACCCUUCCGGGAAGCCUUCUUAGAAGGAAGGCACGCCUGGCCCCUGUCUUCCCCGCUGCUGGCUGGGAUGUAGACGGAAGCGAUGGCGCUGGAACAGCCGUCUCGGACCUUGGGGUGGAGGCCCCGUUUGUGGACAGCAGAGGCGUGAGGCAGACGUGCGUGAGGCCGGGGAAGAGCCCACACUGCCUGUCUCCAGUUUUAAGUGAGAAAUAGGUUUCUGUCUUAAGUGUAACUUUGUUUUUUCUGUUGCUACAGCCUGAGUUCCUGUCAAUACAGUGUAUUUUGGGCAUCCUUCGUAGUUGUUUCCCUUGGCAUGGUAUUUGAGAUGUAGUAGUUCAGCGCAUACAUAUGUACCCUUUUCCCUGUGAAGUAAUGAAGCUGGUGUGAUAGGUGCUAAUAUAUCCAGCUGUUCCAGAUGCUAUUGCUACUCAAAAAUUCACCCCAUUUUAUUAUGCUUACACAAGCCAUGGUCCGGAAUUUGGGUGGAGCCAGUGGGGACAGCUUUUCUCUGCUACAGGGUCGGGCUCAGGUGAAGGACUUGAAGGCUGGGUUCUGCACGCUGGCCCAGGGGCAGUGAACAUCUGGGGGCAUCUUUAUGGGUCUGGAGGUUGAUGGUGGCUGUGAGCCAGCUCUCCCAGGUUGCUGGUUGGAACAGCUGCGUUUGUGACAUCUGGUGGUCUCUUGAGGCCCAUCUGAGCCUUUGCGGCCUGGCAGCUGUGUCUUGAGACAGGCUUCCCUGGGGAGCCAGGGCAGAGCGCGGUGGUGUUAUGCCUGGUCUCGGGAAUCACAGUGUCGCUUGUCCCUUAGUCUCGGUUGAAGCAGUCACCAAGCUCCCCCUGAGUUCAGAGGGAGGGGAUGUAGCAGCCAUCUGUGGAAAGUAGAAUCUGCCGCACACACUUUCAUUCUUUCAUCAAGAUGGAAAAACUGCUUGAAAGAGACCAAGGGUAGCAAGUGGUAUUUUCCCUGAUGAGCCUGGAGCACAGGUGAACUGGCUGAAUGGUGCCAUGAAAGGAGCCCCCAGCAUACCUGUUAGGUCCACACCUUUGAAAGGUGUGUGUGUGUUGAGGUGAUGGCACAUGCAGUCCGCCCAUGCUGUAGGUACUCUGAUCCUUUGAAUUUGUAGAACUCUCUAGAGCUCUUCCAAAGUUCUGUCAUAUGUAUCACCUUGUUUGCUUCUCCCCAUUAACCUUGAGAGGGAGGAGAGACCACAGGUAACCUCGUGUUACAGGUGUGUGACCAGGACGGAGAUGAGAGAUGGUUUACUGCAAGCUGCAAGCCUGGAGCCAGCGAUGUUCCCCCACCCACCCCUGGUCUCCUGUGCCCCCCACCAGCUCCCUGCUCACCUGAAGCCAUGUGGUCAGCUAUGGCCUAUGUGACAGUGGAGGUGAGCUGUGUCACUCUUGAGUGUGGAAAGUGCAACUGAUGGGAGAUCCCUGCGUCUUUCUUUACUUUUGUGGCAGCCAGUGGUGCUUGAGACAGCGGCUUGUAGAGCAGAGCUCCCACCAGCUCCCGUUGGACGUGCGACGCAGGUGAGAAACGCUUGGCGUGUGAAGCCACUUGCUGUUCUGGUCCAUUUGUUCUCAUAACAUGUCACAUUGGAAUAGCCCAUUCUGAUGAAUUUGGGUGCACAACUGACAAAUAAUGCUCAGAAAAUUUUUAAGUCCUAAUUCAGUAAUUUCUCCACUGCUUUGUGCCUUUUCAUUUUGCAAGGAAAGAAGUUGGAUUGGAUUUUUGUCUGUUAAGUGCAGGGGUGCCAGUUCUCAUCAGAGCAGACAGGUGAAAGUUCAACUUGGAGUGUGCGCCUCCAGCCAAAGGGACAGAACUUCUCAUUUCCAGCCAUUUGUUGCCACCCAGGAAUGUGGUCCCUCUGUUGCUAGGGUUUUCAGUUUUUCUAGAGGAAUGGAAAAUCCGAAUGUUUAGAUGAAAUCUGAUCUUUUAAUGCUUGUUAAUUACAUUUUAAAGGGAAAAAAGAAGAAAACCUUUAAAGCCCAAGUGAGUAUGUUUGCAGGUCAAGUUCAGCUGUGCUAACUCUGCAUGGUGCAGUGAAGCUCAGACUGGUGGGACUCUUUCCUCUAGGGAGUCAGAGCUGAGUAUCUGCAAUGAGCAAAGCAGAGCCGCUCUAGAGGAAGCAGGGUUGGCGGCUCUGGAAUCACCCACUCAGCUCUACCAAUUUCCAAGGAACCCUGAGCCACUGUUUGCAAACCACUGCGAGGAAAGCGAAACCAAAGUCUGCCUGGUUUUGAAGAACACGCUCUUCAAGUCAUAUGUCAAAUACAUUUUUCAAAUAAAAAUAAAGUAGAGGAGUUCCCGUUAUGGCACAGCAGAAACGAGUCCGACCAAGAACCAUGAGGUUGUGGGUUCGAUCCCUGGCCUCGCUCAAUGGGUUAAGGAUCCGGCGUUGCCGUGAGCUGUGGUGUAGGUCAAAGAUGUGGUUUGGAUCUGAGGUUGCUAUGGCUGUGGUGUAGGCCGGCAGCUGUAGCUCCAAUUGGACCCCUAACCUGGGAACCUCAGUAUGCCUCAGGUGCGGCCCU